AUGGAAGGCCAGCCAGGCUUCCAACUUCCAGGGACUAUGACGUCCGAGGAUACUCCGAUGUGGCUACAAAUGGUGAACGAGAUCCUUUUCUUGUCAGAUCUUUCAAGUAUCAUACGCGCAUCAGGAAAAUGGAGCAAGAAGAUGCGAAACGAUAAUGGCGUCCUCCAACCGCCCCACAAGCCCAGCAACCCAGACUAUCUAAUCUUUGUCAACGCCUUCUUUGGGCUAGAAAUCCCACACGAUCUGCCUCCAACCGCUGGUCCUGUAGGUCCUCUCUUGAGUCCGACUUGCCCGCCACCAGACCAGGAGUGCCGGGCAUUCUUGGCCAGGCAUAAAUCAGUCCUUUAUAUCGCCCUUGGUACUCAUAUUAUCCUGCCACACACGGGUACUGCUAAGGUAGUGAAUGCCGCAAAUCAUUUACAAGAGGAUGGAUUAAUCGAUGAUGUGAUUUGGGCUAUGGGCUAUGGGCAAGACGUGUAG